AUGCUUUGUGCAUCUAAAGGCCUUCGUCGUCCUCUCCUCUUCCUCCUCCUCCUCCUCCUCUAUCCUCUGGGCCCAGCUGAGCUGGAGGAGGUGGAGGAGGUGCCAGUGGAGGUCAUCGUCGACAGCUCCCCCUGCAGCUCCACCUGUGGGCUGGGGCUCAGAACUCAAACCCUGUGUUUGAUGAAACACAGCAGGGCAGAGAUGGAGGAGGCCGGAGAAGGGACGGAGGUGUCGGAGGUGUGUCGUGUCCACAAGGUGAAGUGUCAGGAGUCGUGGAAGUGCGGCCUCACCACGAUGACAGUGACCUCAGGACGGAGGCUGGAGCUCGACUGUCUGGGAGAAGUGAUGGAGGCGAUGGGGACGUUCUCGUGGAGGGUUUCGUGGCGUUACGCUCGAGGGAUCAUCACCUCUGACGACUCUCUGUUUGCUCGCUGGGAAGCUCCUCAGCUGGACCGCGUGGUUCUGGACCCGGUCCGAGAGGAGGACGCAGGAACUUACCUCUGUGACGUGCAGGACGCCAGGCUCCGCAGGGUGAAGAGGGUUUACUGGGGCGUCCGGGUUCUUCCUGCUGGGAUCCUGAAUCUGGAUUAAAGAGGCGCUGAGGCCGAGUCAGGCUCAACUGGAAACCUUCGAUACUGACGAGUCGUUGAUUAGUGUCGAGAAAUAUUUCACAAAACUUGACAGACACUUAGUUUGAACAUUAAAGUCAAUGUUGGUUGU